CAAGCUCGGGCUCGAGCCGUUUCAGGAUCCUUGCCGGCUCGCGCCUUCCCCAGGGCUGAUGGCCAUUGUGCUGCUGGCUUGAGCGCUUCCGCCAGGUGUGCGGCAGUGAACGCUGGGGGGAUACCGGUGCAUGGUAUCAAGGGAUCCCGAGUUGCGCAUCUUCGUGCCAGCGCACCUCGUCAACGGCGACCUCGGGGCGCGCGUUGCAGCGUUUGCAGCGCAUUUCGGCUCACUAGACGUUGUUCUUCUCGAUGGCGGACUCGCAGCGCCGGUUCUGCCACCCGCCGCCGCCGCCGCCCCCGGCACAUGGCUGCCGGCAGCCCGCGGAGGUGGAGCAGCUCGAGCAGGCGCCGGUGAAGCAGCUCCCGCGUUGGGAGCGCCUGCGCCUCGCUGUGGAGGCGCAGAGGGCUUCGGAGGUACAGUCCGACAAGCAGGUGAAGCCGCAGGUGGAGGUUCCGGUGAUCUCGCCCUUUUCCCCCCCGCCUGGGGACUUCAGAUCGUAUCCCAGUCCGGUGGCUACGGUGCAGGCGGUUUCGCCUCCCAGGGCCAUGGCGGCGGAUGCGGCGAGUUCUUCGGCGGAGCAGGGUACCGCUACGAGCACUACCUUUCCACCGGCGCCCAAGAAGAGGCGUCGCAAACACAUGUUGAGCGACUACAAGCGCAUCCUCAAGCGCAUGACGGAGGACAUGCCCACUGGUCAGGAGCCGGACAGGACGGAAAUCGCAGCUUUGGCGAUGGGGUGGUGGCCUCCUUCGCCGCCUGCUCCGGCCACGCCGCCGUCACCUCCGACUCCGCCAGCAGGAACGAGGAUCCCACGGACGCCACCUCGGAGGUGAAGACCUUCUACAUCGGCGACGGGUCCGUUCCCGAUGCAGGUGGUGAAGGUGCAGCCCCCGACAUGUCAGCCCUUAGUGGCGGUGUCACGUUUGACGGCUCUGGCACGUCAGCCGUCUGUGGCGGUGCCUCGGAGUCGCCUUUCGGUGUAGGCACGUCAGCCCAGAGUGGCGGUGUCCUGGACAUGUCAGCCCAUAGUGGCGGUGUCCAUCACGAGUGGGAUGCUAUUUCCUCGUCUUCUUCUGUACCCUCGCUGGCUGCUGGCGCUACGGAGGUGGCCCCGAUGAGGAAGAAGAAGAAUCGGCGCAAGAAGAAUAAGAAGAAGGUGAGUUCGCAUGUGACCGAGCCCGGUCCGGAGCAGCUGCAGGUUUCUGGCGCUCCUCCGGACGCGAUGCCUUCCAUUUUUGAGGCCUCCCUUGAGGACCUCGCCACGGACAUCCAGUCUGGAGUUUUUUCACAAUGUGCGAAAGAGUUGGACGACACUGACGUUGCCUUGCUGGGCCGCUUCGUUGAUGGCGAAGCUGUGCUCUCGGAGUUGCAGCAGCAGCCGUCGCUGAGGGCACCGGCGUUGGAGGUCGCCUCUCGGCUGAUGGCAGCAGGUGCGAAUUCGAAUGUUGCUUUCCUGCCAAUUGUGCAGGGCCUUGCGACGCAGCAGACAUGAUGUCCACUCUGGGGUUUUUAUCUUAGCGAAUGCCAGAUUUUGUGAUACCCUGGCUUUUAUGCACUUUCAUAUUUUCCUGCUUGCCAAUCUCUACGGAAGCUUGUCACAGCAGCUGCCUACAGGAA